GCGUUCGCGCAUACAACGCUGAGACUUUGUCGCUACAGCACUCGCGCACGGGUAAAAUUUACCCCGAGCUAAAACGGGAUGAAAAUAUUUGUUAAAUAAACAAAACGUGAAGAUAUGGACUGAUUGUUAGUACAAAUAGACAGUUAAUUUUGAAGUGAAUAAAGCUGUUUACGUUUAAAAUGUUGUGGGAGAAGAACUCGACAGAGGAAACAGAAGCGAUGCCACAGACAGUGCCUCGCUCCGGGUGUAGCCCGCCAUCAGCGUCCCAGGGUGAGAGAGCAGUCCCUGGAUCACCGACAGAUAUACAUCAUUUACUACGACUUCUUGGCGCAGAGUCGCCUCCAGAUCCGAUGUUACAUUCCCCGCCAACCUACAACAAACCACCACCACCUUAUCCAGAAGAUACAAAUUAUCUUGAACGCCUUUAUGAUUUUGAGGCAUAUCCAACACCAUCGCCAUCUUCAGAAGAAGGUUCAAUACCCACAGUAGCAUUACAUCCACCUUCUCCGUACAACUCACUUCAGUAUUCCCCAGCUUUCAUUAAGGAAGAACCAAACAGACUCUCCGUACCUGGCUUCGCAUCACCAUACCCUCUUUCUCCAUCAGAUUCCUGUAUAUCAUACGGUAGUUAUAAUCAAUACUCCUCACCAGUGCCUCAACACGACGAGUAUAUUGACAUUGAGGAGUUAUUAAAGGAAAACCAAAUACUACAAGAGAGUGUGCAGCACCAAUACCUUACACCUAAAAUAGAGGUAGAAGAACCAAGAGAUCAUAUUUUAUUAAGAUCUGUUCUAGAAGAUACAUCAUUCCAAAAGCGGCUUAACUUAAGACCAAUUCCAUUGGAGCUAGGGAGUGUGAAAAUGGAAGAAAGUAGCGGAGGAGCGGCUGAGGAGUCUUUAGGAACACCUGAUAUAGACCGUGUGUUGUCUUUAGCAAUAGAACAGUCUAAGCGGGAUGUUGACAAUGCUUGCACAGUUCUUGGUAUAUCACCAGAUCCAUUGCAGUGGAGUACAGAUGACGUCAAAUCUUGGGUUAUAUUCACACUACAGCACUAUAAUCUACCAAUGGUUCCUGUGGAAUAUUUUGCAAUGGAUGGCCCUGCGUUAAUUGCUUUAACAGAAGAAGAGUUCAAUCACAGAGCACCCCAGGCUGGAAGCACUUUGUAUGCGCAGCUAGAAAUCUGGAAAGCCGCAAGACAUGAAAACUGGAGAACAAGCUGGAGCGACCACGAGCAGCCUGCUAGCACACCCGCACCAGUGGUGGCCACAACUGAUGAUAUAAGUGAUGAUGAAGAUUCAGAACCAGCAGGAGCAAGCGUAUCACAAGGUGUCGGCAAAGUCAAGUCUGGAAGUACGCACAUACAUUUAUGGCAAUUCCUGAAGGAAUUACUCGCUUCACCCCACAUUCAUGGAUCUGCUAUUCGGUGGUUAGAUCGAAGUAAUGGGGUCUUCAAAAUUGAAGAUUCAGUGCGCGUUGCGAGGCUGUGGGGCAAAAGAAAGAACAGACCCGCCAUGAAUUAUGACAAACUCUCCAGAAGUAUCCGACAAUAUUACAAGAAAGGAAUCAUGAAGAAGACUGAGAGGAGUCAGAGGCUCGUGUACCAGUUCUGUCAUCCGUAUUGUCUGUGAUUUUGUUUUGUAAAUAUGUUUUUGUAAAUAGGGUGUGAACGCCGCGGUAAUGCGGACACGAUGUUGACUGUUCGGGUUUUGCAUAAACUCGCCACAGUUGUGAUAGUUUGUCAAUGUUCAGAACGACUCGAUUGAACAAGUUAAAGUCUCGAGUUCGUUCUAGCAUCGAUUCAAAUCCCUCCAUACAAUUCGGGAAAGGUAAUUUUCUCUAGAAUUAUACUGGACGGGCGUGAUUGUGUUUAGUUGUAAGUUUAUUACCGAUGAUUAGAUCUUGAUCAACAAACGAAUCGUUUGUUGUCGAGUGUCGAAAGUUGGUAACGUUUAUCCCAUAUAUCUAUGAUAUAUUUCUAGUACGUUCUAUGAACUUUUAGGUUAAUUGUUUGUAAAUAAAUCGAAACAUUUUUGCGAGAUUAUUUUGAGAUUUUAUAAUGAUUGUAUUGAUGAUAUAGAUAAUAACUUGUAAGGACUUUAUUUUUAAAUGUUUUAUUAAUUUAUGUAUGAAUUUCGUGUGAUUUGAAUAGGGAUAUUUGCAAUGUAGUGUUUAAGUUAAAAACGCGUUAUUAGUCGCAUGAUAAAAUAAAAGAAUUUUGUGCCAAAUAGAUAAACAUUAUCAAUUUACAUUUAUUCGGGACAAAAUGAAUUGGUAUAAUCCACGUAUGUACCUACAUUGGAAAUCUUGAGUUUCAUAUUUUAUAAGACUAUGUUACAUACCUACAAAUCAAAAUUUCAAAUGUAUGGUCUUAAUGACAUUGUAUAAAUUGUGAUUAAGUAUAAAAUGGUGUCGGGUUUGAUUUUAAUAUAUAAUAUUUAAGUAAUGGCGCAGUUAGUGUCAGAUAAAUAUUGGACCAAACUAAUUUAUAUUUAUAAGUUAAAUAAUAUAGUUGAAAUGAAAUAAAAUAUCUUAAUUAGA